AUGAAAAAGGGUUCGGGGGGACCUGUAGCAUUGGAAACUACUUUGGGUUGGGUCUUAAGUGGAAAAUGCGAGUCCUGCGAGGAGCAGAAACAGGACUGUUUGCAAACACAGCAUGUUAUGAAAGUGGAAGUUGAGAAGAAAAAUGAGUUACUAAGAAAUGAGUUAAAGAAAUUUUGGCAGGUUGAAUCUGUAGGGGGUCAAGAAAUUUCUGUAAUUAAUGACUUUGAAAAUCAUGUUUAUCAUGAUGGAUCACGUUAUGUGACAAGGUUACCUUUCAAGCCUGAUCAUGAUCCAUUACCUGAUAAUUAUUUUGUAAGCGAACAAAGACUUAGAUCCACGGCCAAGAAACUGCAUGCUCUAGGAAUUUAUGAUGACUAUGAUAACAUUUUUAAGCAAUACGUCCAGGAAGAUAUAAUAGAAAAAGUAGGUCGCGAUGAAGUCAUCAGAGAAAGUGGUAAUGUCCAUUAUCUCCCACACAGGGCAGUUGUGAGAGUUGCUUUUGGUUUAACAAGCAGCCCUUUUCUUCUAAAUGGAACAAUUCGUCAGCAUUUAAAUAAAUUCUUAGAUAUGUAUUCCGAGAUUGUGAAAAAAUUGGGAUUACCAUGGGAUAAACACACUGAUUGUUUUCUGUUUGAUUUUAACGUAUUUAUCAGAAAAUCUAAGGCAUGUUCUUUCACAAAGAGUAAUGUUUUAAAUUUAUCUGCUUCUAUGUACGAUCCACUUGGAAUUAUUUCUCCUAUUACAGCUGAAAGUGGUAUUAAGGCUAGAUGGAUCGAUCUGUUAGAAAAAAUUGAGUUUUUAAACGUAGACAGCGUACCAAGGUUUUCCUUCGUUGAUUGGACCGAAGCCGUAUCUGCAGAGUUGCAUGGGUUUUGUGAUAGUUCUCUUAGUUUAUACUGUGCUCUUGUCUAUGUGAAGAUUGUUACCAAGGAUGUCACGAGGGCUAUUGCUGGAAGGAUAAAUAUAGAUCGCAUUGUUGGCUGGACAGACUCGCAAGUAGCUCUUUGUUGGAUCAGGGAAAAAGAGAGAACUUGGAAGCCUUGGAUUGAAAAUAGGGUGGUGAAAAUAAGGAAAAUUGUUCCACCUGACAAGUGGUUUCACGUAGCUGGCGUAGAGAAUCCUACUGAUCCGCCAACAAGAUCUAUUGAUGAUUUUGUGAGUAUUUUUAAUGGUAUUUGGUUUAACGGUCAUUCUUUUCUUUUAAACGACAACAUUCAUUAUGAUGUACCAACUGACUUUUCAAAAACUGAAGUGGAAAAGGAGCUAAAAGCUUCGACUGACAUACAAAACGUACUGACUGUUACUGAACAGAAUGCACUUGACUUGAACGAAAUCGUUGAUUUCUUUCGAUAUGGAUCAUUAAACAAAUUAAUUCACGUCGUAGCCUACGUCAUUCGUUUUAAGAACAAUUUGAUAGCAAAGAUACGUAAAAAUGAAGAGUCAAACAACAAUGAAAACCUGAAUGUCGAUGAAGUAACCAAAUCUUUGGACCAUAUUGUUUAUUAUAACGACAUAGCCCACGUCUUAGCGUUAAAAGCACAGGGCUAUAUUAAUAAAAUAAAGCUUGCUAUAAGUUGUUAUAACUAA